CUUAAAAUUACAGAUUUUAUAACAUGAACUUAUUAUUUCAAUAAUUUGGAGCAUGCUGCCCUGAAUAGACUUUGUAUGUUUGUUCCCUUUUAUUUUUAGAGGGUGCCAGCACAUAAUAAUAUAAUGAGACAGCCAUAUGUCUCGUCCAGGGCCAUCUGAAUCCACAAUAAAAACCUGUUGAAUGAUUUACAGUAAGAAGAUAUACUGAAGACCCUUCCAGGAUGUUUAACAGCAGUCUGUCCGUGUCAGAGUUUGUUUUGCACUGUGCGAUUAAGCCUGAACAAACAAGUACAACAAUUGCUCUACUCAUAUUGAUCUGCCUGGUAUCUUUCUUUGGAAAUAUGUUAGUAAUUCUGAUCAUAAUAACGAACCAUCAGCUGCAUUCCCCAAUGUAUAUUUAUAUUGGCACUCUUGCAAUGAUUGAUUUGGCUAAUGGCAUUAUUCUAAUUCCAAAAAUGUUAAAUGUCAUACUUUUUGAUGCUUUAGUAGUCGCAUACACUGCCUGUUUAAUACAGAUGUAUUUAAUAUUAAAUGUGGAACUAAUGGAAUCCCUUCUUCUGACUUUAAUGGCGAUUGACCGCUAUGUAGCUGUGGUUUUUCCUCUAAGAUACCCGUCAAUUGUAACAAAUAAAACUGUAUGGGUUUGUGUUGUGAUUUUGAUCAUUAGUGCCUUCUCGAUCAAUUCUUCCUAUGUAUUUUAUACAAAUGAGCUUCUUUUUUGCAAGACAAAUAUUCUUCCCUAUUGUUUCUGUGAUUAUUCAACCAUGGUUCUAAUCUCCUGUAGCGAUAACCCCAAAUUUUUAUUACUUUUGUCAACUAUAGUCAUUACCUGUGGAAUGUUCCCAUUUGCACUAAUACUAUUUUCUUACAGUAUAAUUGGUUUGGCUGCCUUGCGGAUCUCCUCAGUUGAAGGGAAGAGAAAAGUCUUCAGCACCUGCCUUUCCCAUCUUCUGGUGGUUGGAUUUUUUUAUAUACCGUUUAUGGUAUCCUACAUACUACCUGGAGCAGGAGUCAAGCUGUCGACUGAAGUCUACAAUAUAAUGGUUAUUAUUGGAAAUGUGGUCCCUCCCAUGAUGAACCCUAUAAUCUACAGUUUUAGAAAUAAGGAAAUUAAAAACAGCAUUUACAGGCUUUUAUCAGGGAAAAAAACAGCACCAGGCAUCAAUAACCAUUAACUGACUAUUUCUGUAU